UCCAGCACCUGCUCACCAUGCUGUAGCUUGUGAAGAGAUGAAAGCCUUUUGUCAAAAGCAUGUCAAUGAAAAGAGAAAUAUAGCACUUGUGACGUCUGGUGGCACAACUGUUCCAUUAGAAAGAAACACAGUUAGGAUUUUUUACGAUGUUCCGGCUUACGACGAUUUUCGACUUACAACGCGUCUGAAGAACGGAACCCUGUCGUAACCCGGGGACUGCCUGUGUGGUACUUAAUUCUAUGUUUGUAGAUAACUUUAGUGCUGGGACUCGUGGAGCAGCAUCCACUGAAUACUUCUUAAAUCAUGGCUACGCUGUUAUUUUUCUUCAUAGAGAUGAGUCCAUCAGGCCCUUCUUUCGCCAUCUUAAUUCCCGUGUUCUAGAUGCCCUGCAGGAGGGCCCUGGGGGCCUUUUACAACUGUCACCAGCACACUCAGCUCAGAUCCGUCCCAUUUGGCAAAACUAUCAAAUGGUAAGAGCAGAAGGUAGGCUGUUGUGGCUGACAUUCACUUCUCUCUCUGACUAUCUUUGGCUUCUUCGCUCUGCCACUCAGUGUCUUCAGCAACAUGCUCCAAAAGCUUUGUUGUAUCUUGCUGCUGCUGUAUCGGAUUUCUACAUUCCACAAGAUAAGAUUCCUGAACAUAAGAUUCAGUCUUCAUCUGGUCCCCACACUGUGACCCUUCAGAUUGUUCCAAAGAUGCUGAGUCCCCUGGUGUCAAUAUGGGGUCCAGAGUUAUUUGUUGUGUCCUUUAAAUUAGAAACUGAUGAGAAGAAGUUAAUAGAGAAAGCCACUGGAGCUCUUCAGAAAUACAAACAUGACUUGGUGAUUGGGAAUUUACUUCACACUCGGCGAGAGGAGGUAACUUUUGUCACAGAAAAGUCAAGCAGUCUUCUUAGACUGAUGGAACAUCAAAAGGCUGAAAAAAUUGAAAUAGAAAAAUUGAUUGUAGAAGAAGUAUGCAAUAGGCAUAGAAAAUAUAUCAAGUAUUAAUAACAUGUGAUUCUUACCAGAGCAAUCCUUUAGACAGGAUUACUUUGAAAGUGAUACUAGAUGAUAGAUUUGCAGAGUAAGGAUAACUUGGAGAGGCUGUGAUUAAAUGCAGUACAUGUGGCCAGUAGGCCAUUCAUUUUAAACUUUCUUUUGCUUGGCCGGGAAGUAUUAUUUGCUUUGCACUUGUAUUAUAUUCUUUUAAAUGAUGGUUAGAAUUCAGAACUUCUUGAGAGUUGAAAUUAAAAUAUUUCAUCAUUGUCAAAGUUGUUGAAUGUAAUAUGGUUCGCUGUUUGUAAAACUUCAUGAGACUGUGAUUGAAUACAUUAUCCUGUAGUAUAGUUAGGUCUUCAACUCACUGCCUAAGGAAAUGCUUCUUGCUGUAUGUUCUAUAUAGUGUAUUGUAAGUUUGGGAUAACUAUACCUUGCCAAAGGUAGGCUUGAUUAGAAAUGACGAGGGCAUUGGCUUCCUAUACCAGUGUCAUUAUUAGAAGAGACUACUACAUUUGUUUUGCUACAAAUGCGAUGCCAUUUACUGACAUAAACCUGUACAAGGUUGUGUCUUGCUUGCUUAUCUUUCACUGAAAUAAAUAACUUCGCAAAAUAAUUAUUUCAGGUUUGCUGUUAGAGCUGUACAUUACUAUAGUCCUUUUUAACAUUAGGUAUCCCAAGGCUCUUGUAGCACUGCAUUGACUCUUCAAAAACAAUGAGGCUUAAGCACAGCAACAUUUAGUGAAACUCAAAAUAUUUUCCUCCCUUCCAAAGUAUCUUCAAAGAUAUGUUUUGAUGUAUCAUAAUUUUAUAGAUGUCUAGAAAAAUAAUACAGUAAUAAUUUUGUUGUGAUUUUCAAAUGCAAUUUUUGUAUUAUCAGGACUAAAGUUUUCCAGUUUUUAAAUAAUUUUUACUCUUAUUUAAAAUCAAGGCUUUUUCAUUCAAAAUUUGUUCACUAUUACUCAUAGUUUUUGGAAAACCUCAGACAUGCUUUCCACGGCUAAAUAUUUUGCUGGUGCAGUUAUGACACAAAAUGCAUUACUAAAAUCUAGUUUGACAUAAUUAAAUAUGAUCCUAUGAUUAUCUAGACAUAAGGUAUUUAUUGCAUUUUUAAGGUUACUCCUAAUUAUGUCUCAUUUUGAUUAAUUGGUGCAUUUUUAGAAUGAAAUGAUUUUGGGGAAGCUAUUUGUAUUAUAUUCUGUGUUAACAAUACAGUUUAUAUGUAAGCAUAAGUAUAAUUGUAUUCAGUGUUUGUAUGCAGGUCUAAAUAAGUACGCAAUUAGACUGAUGGUAGUAUAUUGUAUAAGAAAGAAUUUUUUUGAAGCUUUAAGAUAUUAAGAUAUACAGUAUACCUUGACAAUCAUUGCUUAUUGAAACAAUUUUAAUGUAGUUUCUAUAAUUUAUAGAUCUGAAUCAGGAAGUUCAUGAAAACAAGUAAUAUUUUUUUUAGUAAUCUUUAAAUUUUUUAUAUGGUAAUUUUAAUCUCUACAUUUUUAUGGAUAAAGUUUGUAUCUGUUACCAAAGAUGUUAAAAGUUUUUGUGAAAGAGGACCAGUUAUUUUCACAUCAGAGUUUCAUAUAAAUUUGACAUAAUUCAUUUCAAGACUUGCAACAUGUCACACUGACAUGAGCUGGUUCCACAUUGUGUUAAAAAUGUAUAAGGAAAUAAUAUUAAAUUUGAAUUUGUCAGUGUAUACAAGAAUAUGUGAUUUAUAAUUUAAGAUUGCUGCGUUAGUGAACAUCAAGUUGUAGGAGUAGGAAGGGAGUAUUUACAAUUGACAUUUCACGGGUAAGUUGGACUUGAAUAUACAGUGUUCUUCACUGGGUAUAUUUUAUUAGGUUUUAUUUUAAAAAGCUGUGUCGUCUUAUUUUGAAUGCCUUAAAAUCUUGUUUUUUAUUAAUUCUUGUUUGUUUAUUGAUAUUAAAGGAGCUUUUAAAGAUUCUGUCCAUGUUUUAGGGAUUCAUAUCAGCAUAGGUUCACUAAGCUCCUAAGCAUUGGUGGGCCAAAGUGAUAGGGCAAAAAAGCAAGAAGUCUGAUUAAUAUUAAGUAAUGUAAGGCAUACAUUAGUUAUCCUAAUUCUGCAUUGAUAACUGUGUUUUUGGUAAUGUUGAACUAUAUUAUGGCAUUAGCAAUGAAGACAAUAAAAAUGUUAAAAUUUAGAUAUAUCUAGCAUCUUCAGAAAGAUAAAGCUUCAAGACCUUUUGUUAAGCAGGACAGUUUGAAGUUUCAUUUAAUGUCUUAUUCAAAAUGGGCAUAUAAAUUUAUUCACAUAUAUUUGUCCGUCCAUCAUAUAUCAUAUCCCAAAGGUAAGGCAAGAGUCCUUUUGUAAUUUAUUUUUUUAUUUGACCAUCAGAAGUUUUAUUGAGUUUAUGUAAUCUGCAAAUGUUUUAAUGCUUCAAGGAGGUUAUUACUUUUUCAUUACAGAAGAAAUGCAAACUCAUUUUACAUGCUCAAAAUCUACUAGUAGGCACUGAAAUAGACCAUCCAGAAUUGAAGUAAUUACCAUUAUAAUGAGUCAUUCCUUGGGGACUUAAGAUUAUUGGCACUUUGGUUUGGUUAGAUUAUUUGCUUUGGAGUUGUGAGUGAGUUACCCAUUUAGCAGGAAGCACUGAUUCAUUCAAAGCUAACAAGUCACAUUUCAUGUCUAUAAGAUGUAGACAUUUGUGCCUUUGCUGCAUAAUGUUAUUUCUGCACCCACACUUUCAUCUUCAUUGGCUUGUAAGAUCACUUGAGUGAUUGUUGGUGUGUUUAAGUGUUUAUUGUGGAUUUGGUCAGAAUGUUCAUUAUUUUAUUAUUUACUACUGUUGUGGUGUAUGUUUUGUACUGUUUCAUGUCUUUUGUGUUCUCUGUAUUUAAGCUUAUGUUGCAAAUUUUUACAUUUGAUAGUCAACUUGUUUUUAUCAGCAAUAAGGGUAUAAAACUGUAUCUAAGACUGGAUGUCUGUGGAUGUUUAGAAGUCAUUUGAGGAAGACCAUGUUAAGUAAGCAAGAUCUAGGUGAGGGAGAAGCAGUCUCAAGGGCACCAUAAAUGUAAGUAGAUACUGCAGAUGAUAUUACAUCUUGCUCUUCACCAGCAGAGGUAUUCUUAUGGGUUGCUUGUGUAUGAAAACAGUUAAUUAAGGUUGAAGUUAGUGCCUUCAGCCCACAAAAUAAGACCCAAAAUAUUGAAAGUCUUCCAAAAAAUUCAUCAUACGACUUUUUUCUCACUUAAUACUGGGAAGACUUAAGAUGAAAUUUGAAUGAACCGGACAACAUGGGUGACUGAAAGAUAUCCGAUUUCUAUUAAUUUCAAUGUGUUUCACUCUUAGUGAUUGCUAAUUCUGAUCUCCAUUCUUACCUUAUUUUACUCCUCUUUGAGAGCACAAAGUUGAUGUAUACAACCAUGAGACAAAGUUGAAGCCCAGCAUUUUAUCACCCUUGGAACUGAAAUCAUGGUCUGUGGUCAGGGGUCCUACCCUCUCAGUUCCCAAUGUUUUCUUUUAUCUUGUCAACCAUUUUUAUUGAUAAGUGACUUCUACAUUUCAAUAUUACAAACUGAGUGUAUUGUUACAAGCCCAGCUGCUGCCAUUGUUGGAAAAGCAGAAUACAUGCACAAGAACAAUGGCCCUAAUGAGUCCCUUCGAAGUCGUUUAGUAACACAAUCACAGUGAUGUUCAUAAUUCAGACUAGUAAAUGUUUCCAACAAUUUCGAACAGCCCCUUAAUGCAAUGGUGAUGACCAGUAUCAGAUUUUAAAAUCGUGAAAUAUCACAGUGUUUACUAAGAAAAGAGAGAGAAAGAGACUGAGGAGCAGACAACUCAAAAGAAAUUUACUUCUUAUUAAUAGGACUUUUUCUCUCUGUUUUAAACCAAAGGUUAAUUUAUUUUAAAUGAAAAUCAGUUGCAUUUUAUAUUUUAUAAUUUUUUGGAAGGUUAUUAAUAACUUUAUUGGAAAAAAAUUAAGCCAACCUCUCUCUCUCUCUCUCUCUCUCUCUCUCUCUCUCUCUCUCUCUCUCUCUCUCUCUCUCUCUCUCUCUCUCUCUCUCUCUCUCUCUCUCUCUCUCAAUACUUUUGAAAGAAAUGUAUUGUUACAUUUAUUAAAAGUUGUGUUUUGUCUUAUGAAUAUAGGCUAGCCUAUAAGUAAACUUUGCUAAAAUUAGGUUUAUUCUAAGUUCCUAGAAACCAUCCUCCUACACUAGUCCAGAUUUCUUAGGGUUUACUGUGUUGGUGUCGUUUUAUCUUCCAGUCACAAGUAUAAAGCACUAGCUUUCAAACUUGGAUAAAAGUAAUAGAACUGUAUCAUCCAUUUCUUAUUUGAGGUGCUGGAAAUAGCUGUAGAGGCUCAAAGGAGGAGAUAGGUGUUCACCCAUAACAUUGGUACACUUUUGGAAGCUGAUGGAAAAUUUUCAUUCCAAGCAUUUUGGAAUUUUUUUUUUUAUAGUUGGAGAAUGGUCAGACUGAGAUUAUGUGUGAAGUGCUGCCAAAUUGUCAGACUUGUAUGAAAAUUGUGGUGUUUUGAUAGAUUUGCUAAACUACUCAGUAAAUGUACCAUUCAUUAAAAUUGCUGGGGUUCUGAAUGUCAUUAUAUCCCAAGGUUUUUACCAUUUUUUUGUUUUGUUUCAGUUGCAGUGGUAUUUGUCAUUUUCUGGAGUAGAAGUAAAGAAAUCUAGAUAAUUCUAGUAUAGUUUUCAUAUAUCAGUAGAUUUAAGUAGCUUUGCGGUGCUGAAAAUUCUAGGAGGUUUAUUGACUGUCUGGUUUUGCAUUGCAAGUCCAUAAUUUUCAGUGAAGAAAGACCAGUUUAGUAAAUUUUAUUUUAAAAGCUGUGAUAAUUGAACAUCAGGUCAGGUAUUUUUGUACUUAACGAAAGUCAACAAUAACUUAAUAGUUACUCAUAAUUUUAGUUAACUUUAUUCAGUCGAACAACUGUUAAUAAAUGGUAAUUUUGCUUGAUCUUCUUUAUUGUAAUUUUGGUUUAUUGAUUAAUGUAUUAUAGAUGUCAUAUGUCUGAAAUGGUUAUUGAGACAUCAGUAGUUUUUAAUAUUAAAGGCAAUUUUAUCAUGAUGUGUAAAUGAACUGAAGGGAAGUUGUAUAGUUAUGCCAAUUGACAUAACAUAAUCAUCUUUUUCUGUAGGGUUUAAUAUGACUGAAUUAUUUUCCUUUAUCCAUUUGUCUUGUAAAAUAUUUUUUGGUAAAUGUUUUUUGUUUUGUUUGUUACUUUCAUAAUUAAAAGUAAACAUCUUGACUGACAUUGGAAAGUGCACAUGGUUCCUUUAUUCUCUUGUUUUUCAUUCUAGCUUUAUUUUACAUUUUAGGCAUUAGAAAUGUUACCAGGAUGCUCAGGAUGUUUUAAGAAUUUUAAGAAGAAAGCACAUUUUAUUUGCCUUUGAUGUAACAAAAUGCUUUAUUGUAUUAUUUAAGACAUUUCAAUAAACAGAGUAUAUGCCUGA